UUUAGUCGAUUUUGCUUAUUAUAACGAGUCUCCCCCUACCGACACAGCAGUGCAGUGCGACUCUUCUCCUAGUUCAGUCAGAAGCUUGAUCCAGCGUUAAAAUCAGACAGGCGACACUAUAAUUCACUCCCUUCACGCUACCCCUAGCACAGUUGUCCUGCUUUUGCUUAUCGCCCUACGGCACGGCAACAAUUCUGGCUUUCUUCAUUCAAGGACAAGCAGAGGAGGGGAAGAGCCCAGGGCAGAAGCGCUGAAGCAAAGCCGGCUUGUGAACUGGAAUCGCCAGGUCAUACUGACCUUGGCUCAGAACAGUGAGAUCACAGUAGUUUCCCAGCGAACAAAAGAAAAUCACCAUGAAGACGUCAGACAUUUUCCUUCUGCCCGCUGUGCUCCUCAUGUUCAUUUUCAACUGCUGUCUCGCACAGAGUGAAUCUGACCUCGUAGUACCAACGAGGCUAGGCCGUGUGCAGGGUGUACGCUUGCCUGUUCCAGACCGGAAUAAUGUGAUCGCUUUCUUGGGCAUCCCGUACGCUGAACCUCCGCUGGGGAAGAGGCGUUUCAAGAAAGCCGAGCCCAAAAAGCCCUGGAAUGGUAUCUUCGAGGCUAGAGACUACCCAAAUGCCUGCUAUCAGUUCAUAGACACCUCUUACCCAGGCUUUCCAGGUAUCGAGAUGUGGAACCCCAACAGAAUGAUGAGCGAGGACUGCCUGUACCUUAAUGUGUGGGUACCUCCUACUCCUAGGCCACAGAACCUCACAGUAAUGGUCUGGAUAUAUGGUGGAGGCUUCUAUAGUGGCUCCUCCUCUCUUGAUGUCUAUGAUGGCCGGUACUUGGCAUACUCUGAAAAGGUAGUGGUUGUGUCUAUGAACUAUCGUGUUGGAGCUUUUGGAUUCCUUGCCCUUAAUGGCUCAUCAGAAGCACCAGGAAAUGUGGGUCUCCUUGACCAGAGGAUGGCCCUCCAAUGGGUCCAAGAAAACAUCCACUUCUUCGGCGGUAACCCAAAACAGGUCACCAUUUUUGGAGAAAGUGCAGGAGGAGCAUCAGUUGGCAUGCAUGUUCUGUCACCAGACAGCCGUCCGCUCUUCACACGUGUUAUAAUGCAGAGCGGUGUUCCUAAUACACCCUGGGCUACCGUUAGUUUUGAUGAGGCCCGUCGGAGGGCCACCUUGUUGGGCAAACUCGUUGGCUGCAGCGAGGGUAACGAUACCGAGCUGGUUGACUGCCUGAGGAACAAACAUCCACAGGAAUUAAUUGACCAGGAGUGGCAAGUGCUCCCCUAUAGCAGCUUGUUCCGCUUUUCCUUUGUCCCCGUCAUAGAUGGUGUUUUCCUUCCCGACACCCCAGAUGCCAUGAUCAGCUCAGGGAACUUCAAAAACACUCAGAUCAUGCUGGGUGUAAAUCAGGAUGAGGGAUCUUACUUCUUGCUUUACGGUGCACCGGGAUUCAGUAAAGACAAUGAGAGUUUGAUAUCUCGAGAAGAAUUCCUUGAAGGUGUGAAGAUGAGCGUUCCCCAUGCCAAUGAGAUUGGCUUGGAUGCAAUUAUCCUUCAGUACACUGACUGGAUGGAUGAGAACAACCCCCAAAAGAAUCGAGAUGCCAUGGAUGAUAUUGUAGGAGAUCAAAAUGUCAUCUGUCCUCUGCAGCAUUUUGCAAAGACUUACGCCCAGCACGCUGCCCUCCAUGCCCAGCCGGGAGCCGCAGCUCCAGGGACACUAGGCUGGGGAACCUCAGGACCAACAGGCUACAACAGUGGCAACUCAAAUGGUGCUGUUUACCUUUACCUGUUUGACCAUCAAGCUUCAAACCUGGCCUGGCCUGAGUGGAUGGGCGUAAUCCAUGGUUAUGAGAUUGAGUUUGUGUUUGGCCUGCCAUUAGAAAAACGACUCAAUUACACAGCAGAGGAAGAGAAACUCAGUCGACGAAUGAUGAGAUACUGGGCAAACUUCGCUCGCACAGGUAAUCCCAACAUUAACUCUGAUGGCUCCUUGGACAGUCGGAGGCGGUGGCCUCAAUUUACAGCUACUGAGCAAAAGCAUGUGGGCUUGAACACAGAGCCACUGAAAGUGCACAAGGGUCUAAGAACACAAGUUUGUGCUCUGUGGAAUGGCUUCCUACCUCGCCUGCUUAACAUAACAGAAAACAUUGAUGAUGUUGAGCGACAGUGGAAAGUGGAGUUCCAUCGCUGGAGCUCUUACAUGAUGCACUGGAAGAGCCAGUUCGACCAUUACAGCAAGCAGGAGCGCUGCACAGAUCUCUAGAUAAAUCUGGUGUUAAUGUAAGAAAGUGCAGAUCAAAGAAAGGGAAAACUGAUGACCAUAACCCUUAAUAGUCUCUUUUCAGAACAGCAAAGGUUGCCAAAGCUUUUUCGUUGAUUAGUCUCCGAGUAGGCAUGAGAGUGAAUUUGUGAAUGUUGCACUUUAGUGCAGUUUUGUUCCUCCCUGUUAUCACUCUAUUAUAUUAUGUGAAUAUAUAUAAAGAGAAUUUGUGAAUUCAAGAUGCUAUUAGAGAUUAUCAAGCGCUGCGGUCAUCAAAUGUAUCUAUCAGAAAAAAAAAAUGUUAUAGUUAUAUUACCUCUGAACAGUGAGAGUGCAUGUCUGUUCCAUUGGAACCUAGAAACCCUCAUUUACACUGGUCCUCAGGAUCCCACUUUUUUAAAAAUGAUUUUCUUGUUUUUUUAUCCUGUGUUCUUAUUGGCUUAAAUUAUAUUGGCUGAUUCACCAUAAUGUAUCUACCACAUCUACUCAGUAAUUCAUGUGCUACUUUAUCCUGCUGUCUCUGCUUUCUUACUGUGGUCCAACUCAAAAUACUAAUACUUGCUGGAAUCAGGAGCCAUUUCAUUUCAUGUAUGUUGUUUAACUGUACGGAACAGUUUCUGUGUGGGCGAGUCUGUGUAUUAAUGUACUAAUAUUUAAAACCUAUUUUUUAUUUCGAUUGCUACUUAUAUUGCAUGUAGUCUAGUGCCCACAGCAUAACACUUGUGUGUAUGUAUGAGAGAGAAAGUCUGUGUUUACCAUAUACCAACUACAUAGGACAGUAUACGUGUCUGUGUAUUUCACCCUCUCCUUAGUUCAAAUUUCAUACGGGCAUUGUAUGUUUGACUAUUUUAUCUGGGAUGGAGCGGGUAAGACUAAUGUUGUCUGUGUGCCAAAGGGUCAAUAUCAUUUUUCCCCCUUGCUGUUUCCCUGUCUCGAUGGGAAAGGCUUCUCAUUACGAUAAUGGAGAGGAGUAAUUUACUUAGUGCUCAUUUUAAAUGACAGCCCGCUGUGUCAGCCAUCUUAACUCCAGCCCUUUUGAUGCAGUGGGAGGAUGAUGAAGGAAAACACAGGCAAAGUGAAGCUAUAAGGACAAACAAGAAUACAGGGUUACAAAAUCCACUCCUGACAUGUUCUAUAUUUAUUGUAGUAAUUGGUGUAUUUUUUUUUAUUAUUUAAGUAAAUUAUUUGCAUGAUUGCAUAAAGUAUCAAAAGAACUAAAAGUUUUUAGUUAGCUUAAAUAAGAGCAAAUGUUUUAUUUUAUUUUUUGUGUGUAUUUAUUAAGAGUGUGGAAUUGCAUACGUAUAUAUUGAAUUUUGUCUGUGAAUCUGGAUCAAACAUUAUUUUGUAUUUUACUGUGUGAAUGUAUCAUGGCCAAUCAUUCUAUCAUAAUAUACACAUGUGAACAUGCCGAAUUUGUGAAUGCUAGCCUAUGCCCGUCUCAUUGACUUCCCAUCAGUCUGUUUUUACUAAAUCUAGAGUACGUCUAGUACCAUUCAUCAAGCAUUUUGUUAACACUGGACUGGAUCUGCGUGAGUGCUGUGAUGAGACAGCAGGUCUCCCAGCACACAAAUCUAGGUUGACAUUAAGCAUUUAACCACUGAAUAUGACUGGAAUAAUGUAGAUUAGCUUUAAACAAUGCCAUUUAAAAUGAAAAUAAUAUGUUGUACUAGCUAUAAAAUAUAAUACAAGUAUGGUGCAAUUAUGUGUGUUUGUUUAGGGGUAUGAAUGAAAGCUGCUCUUUUCCACUCCAUGAAAUCCCCCUGUGCAUGCCUUAGACCCCUCCUCCUCUGUAUGAUAUGCUUUUAAAAUUGACUGUUAUCCUCUCUGACAAUUUUAGAGCUGAUGUCUGUUUAAUAUUACACAUCUAUAACUAUAAAAACAUUAUAAUAGCCCAGAGAUAGAUAUUGAUGUUAGCAAUAACAAAAUACACUUAAAAUGGAAUAUAUUUAUUUGAGUCAUGUAAUGUUGACUGAUAAAAAAAAAACAGUGGUCAUGAAUUGACAGCAAUGAUCAGAACAGAAUUUGUCACCGUUUAUAAAUCAGCUGUUUCUUCAAAGCAAUAUAUGGUGCCAUAUGCUAUAUUUUUUCCGCUCUUAAUGUUAUUGUUUGGCUAAUUUGUAUUAGCUUGGCUUUAAAGGUUUCCUAAUGUCAAUUCUCAAGUAAAUUGAUUGAGGAAACCUGCCUCUUAAUUUCAUCUCAAAGAGAAAAUAUCUAUAAAUAGGCUAUUAUAUUGUAAAAUAAUAUUAUUCUACCCCAAAUAUAUGUAGAACAAUGCACAUAGCUAAACGCGCAUGUGUUCUGCAUUUGUUGCACUUUGACAACGUUUAUAUAAUAAUAGAAAUAGUUAUUUUUCUUCGUUUCUUUUUUUAUUUGAUCCUGAUAUCGCCUGUCGUGUCAAAUUAGUGCCAAACAUGUAUAGUGACCGCAUCGUGCAAAUCCUCCGCAUGAUGUUAUUUGUCAUUUCCACCCUCUUUGGGCACCACAUCAGAAGCUUUCCAACGCAACCACAAUAAACAGUUAUUGACUUAAAGGAAA